CUGUCUGCCACACAACAAAACCAGGGCCUCUAGUGCAAAAUACAACCAAGAGCAGCACUGAGCUGCAGACAGACGGGGGCAGGUCAGGGGGCUGCUGGUGUACAAGUCGGCCAGUCACGCAAACAUCUCUUUGCUUAUAUUUUUGGGGUUGGAUUUGUCUGUGUUGUGAUAUAUCUCAACUGAUGACCGGCAACAAGGAGGCCAGACCGCGUGAUACCAUGACAACAGCUGCCCCAGAGGAAACUCAGAGUGAUGAUGAUACAAGGUCCAGACAGAAUAAAGAAGAGGAACUGAUCGUGACCGCCUGGCAAAGUAUGUCCUCAGCUCUGCGGCAGCUCAGCCUGUGUAAGGACUCCAGAGCUCCUGGCCCGGCUCAGUCUUUCCUGGCCAAGCAGAGGCAAUCCACCCAGGCCAGGAGGGUGCUCUCCCCCCGGCUACAGCCCAGGUAGGAGCCUCCAUCUGCAGGGAGAAAAGGAGGAGUGCAGCCCACUCAUGGGUAUGAUGAAAAGCAAGAUUGUGGAAGGUGUGAAUUUCUUCAUUGAGUCACUGUUUGUGCUCUAUUUGGUUGGCUGCUAUCACCCCCUGCUGGUCAACCUUGGAACUGAAAUGAGAUUUCUGACUUGCUAUAAUAUCAAGUAGUGUCAUACAUUUUUUUUAAAUCAGUUUUAAACCUAAAUCUGUGCUUAUCAGUAAUCACCAGAGUAUCUGCUCCAUUUCUUAUUGAAUAAUAUUUAUACAUUUAUUUUUGCAGGUGAGAUUCAAUUUCCUUUAGAAAUAAUGCACAACAAUAAGCAUUCAUUUUGUCA